GUCCCUCCCGUCUGUGGUCAGGCAGUGUGACCCCGACCUUCGCCCAGCAGGGAAGCAGCCAUGGGCACCAGGAAGCGGAGCUUCACCUUUGGAGCUUAUGGAGGGGUGGACCAGACCUCCAUCUAUCAGCGGGGCAAGUGGAAGAGCUACGGGCCAAGCCGGGCUUCCUUUGGGACUUCUCUAGAGGUGCUCCAUGCAGGCCCUGUUGUGCUUCAGACUGCUGUGCGCUACCACAAGAACACGGAACUGUUUGAAAUGAUUGAAAAGUUCCAGGGAAGCAGGAUGGAUGAACAGCGAUGCUCCUUCCCCCCUCCUCUGAAGACAGAAGAGGAUUACAUCCCCUAUCCGAGUGUCCACGAGGUUCUGGGCCGAGAGGGACCCUUCCCACUCAUCCUGCUCCCGCAGUUUGGUGGCUACUGGAUCGAGGGCACCAGCCACGACCUGACGGGCCCCUUUGAGGUGGAGCAGCUCCAGUCUCCGACCACCAAGGUGAAGCUGGAGUGCAACCACAUGGCCACCAUUUACCGGAAACACUUCUUGGGCAAGGAGCAUUUCAAUUACUACUCGGUGGAUGCCGCUUUGGGGCACCUGGUUUUUUCCCUCAAGUAUGACGUCAUUGGGGAUCAGGAACACUUGCGCCUGCUGCUGCGGACCAAGUGCCGAACGUACCACGAUGUUAUCCCAAUCUCGUGCCUGACGGAGUUCCCCAACGUGGUCCAGAUGUCCAAGCUGGUGUGUGAGGAUGUGAACGUUGACCGCUUCUAUCCUGUCUUGUACCCCAAGGCCUCACGCCUCAUCGUCACCUUUGACGAACACGUCAUCAGCAAUAACUUCAAGUUUGGGGUCAUCUACCAGAAGCUCGGCCAGACUUCAGAAGAGGAGCUUUUCGGCACCAAUGAAGAGAGCCCGGCCUUCGUGGAGUUCUUGGAAUUCCUGGGCCAGAAGGUCAAACUGCAGGAUUUCAAGGGGUUUCGGGGGGGCUUAGAUGUGACCCACGGGCAGACGGGGACUGAAUCUGUCUAUUGCAAUUUCCGGAGCAAAGAGAUCAUGUUCCACGUCUCCACCAAGUUGCCCUACACCGAAGGGGAUGCCCAGCAGUUGCAACGGAAACGGCACAUUGGCAAUGACAUCGUAGCCAUCGUCUUCCAGGACAAGAACACGCCCUUCGUCCCAGACAUGAUCGCUUCCAACUUCUUGCACGCCUACGUGGUGGUGCAAGCCGAGAACCCCUGCACAGACCACACCCUUUACAAGGUCUCGGUCACUGCCCGGGACGAUGUGCCUUUCUUUGGCCCCCACCUGCCCAACCCGGCCGUUUUUCGAAAGAGCCCCGAGUUCCAGGAGUUCCUCCUGACCAAGCUGAUCAAUGCCGAAUACGCCUGCUACAAGGCAGAGAAGUUUGCCAAACUGGAGGAACGCACGAGGACGGCUCUUCUGGAGACCCUCUAUGAGGAGCUGCACCUCAACAGCCAGUCCAUGAUGGGCCUGGGGGGCGACGAGGACAAGCUGGAGAACGGCAGCGGGAGCAGCGGGGGGUUCUUCGAGUCCUUCAAGCGGGUGAUCCGGAGCCGCAGCCAGUCAAUGGACGCCAUGGGCCUGAGCAGCAAGAGACAGAACACCGUCUCCACCAGCCACAGCGGCAGCUUCGGACACAACAACCCGGAUAUCGCCAAGGCUGUGGGCAUUUCAUUGCUUGUCCCUGGAAAAGCGGCAAGUAGGUACGGACGUCGGGGCAGCGCCAUAGGCAUAGGAACCAUAGAAGAGUCCCUGAUAGUCCCUGGGAAGAGUCCAACGCGCAAGAAGUCGGGACCAUUCGGCUCGCGGCGGAGCAGCGCCAUCGGCAUCGAGAACAUCCAGGAGGUCCAGGAGAAAAGGGAAAGCCCCACUGGGACUCAGAAGACCCCUGACAGUGGCCACGUGUCUCAGGACCCGAAGUCAGAGGAUUCCUCCAACCAGAGCUCUCCUGAGAUGCCCACCACCAAGAACAGCAGGCCGGAUCCUGCCACGCCCAGGCCGGAGGGCACGCGGGACUUCUCACGCUCUUCAUCCAGCGCCAGCAGCUUUGGCAGCGUGGUGGAAGAACAGGAAGGCACCCACGAAGACGACACCGGCGUGGAGAGCCAGUCCUCGUCAGGGACGCCGCACAAGCGCGACUCCUUCACCUACAGCACCUGGCUGGACGACAGCCUCAGCACCACCAGUGGGGGCAGCUCUCCAGGCCCUUCUCGCUCUCCCCAGCCAGACCCCAGGACAUCCACGGACCCGUCUUGCCCAGAGAUCAAAAUCCAGCUGGAACAGGCAGAGCAGCAUCCGCACCUGAGCUGCUAGCCUUCCCGGUUCGGCUCCCGUGGAUCUGCCUCCAAUCAAGCACACAGCAAAGAAGCACAAGCUGAGGGCCUUGUGGAUGGACGGCCGCCCUCCCCGUCACAGCCCAAGAUCACGGGCCGGUCAGCAAAGCCUCCACCUGAUGUGGCUGCCUCCUCCUCCCCCUCCUCCCCCCCACCACAUUGCCCAAGAGUGUGCGGAAGAAGCGAGCCUCCUGGAAAUGGGAUCACCCAAGGGCACUGGGAGGGGGCUGGGCUCUGGCUGGCCAGGCCUGUGGCAAAGGUGGCCAGUGUCUGCACCCCAUUUUCAUGCCCUGAGCUAAACUCCAGACACCCCCCCCCCAAUCCAACACGGGACCUCCUGGCCAGCCAAAAGACAGACCUGAAGGAGAGGCCUCCUGGGAACCAGGUGUGGAUUGUCACAUCCACCUGCCCGGGUGCAUCUUCCGCUCUCUUUCCCCGGCCACCUGGGGGCAGGGGCAGUGUGUUUUGGGGCGCAUCUCUGGCUCUUCCAACACACCAACCACCGCUGGGCCAGUGGCUGGUCAGAGAGCCAGCGGAGCAGGAGUCUGGCUGCUUGGAGGGAAGGUCUGAACUGGGGCAGCCUGAGAACUCUCCACAGAGGGAGGGAGGACAGUCUGCAUGGCCCAGCUGCAUCAGCCCCUCCCUUCUGCUGCUUAUGAGACUUCUGCCCUCCCACCCCCUCCUUCUGUGCAUCUGCAGGGGGCUCUCCCAUCAGGCCCAGCUGCCUCCAGUGGGUGGGGGGGGGAGGCUGGCAGAGCAGUCCCUUGAUCUUCCCUCUCCCCAGCUGAGACUGUCUGACCUUUGUCUGUUUGACAGUCAUCCUUUGGCAAAACAUCAGGACAUCACGAGCAGGGGAGGGGUUGGCAGCAGCUGUUCACACCUGGGGUAACCUCAUACCUUUGUUCUGAAAACCACCACCAGGGGAUACAGAGCCCUGCUCCAGGCAACACCAGACUCUUCCUCAAAGAGAUUCCCAAAGAGUACCUGACAAUCACUGGAGACCGUUGUUGUAAAAGGCCUGCAAGGUCAGUCGGCACCUGAGCUGCGUGAACGGACAUUUGGUGAACUGCUGCCACCCAGUCAUCUUUGCUGGAGGAGGGUUGGCACGGGGCAGCCUGGGUGCCUGCUUUGUGUUGGCAUGCCACACUGGGCGCAAAGGAACACACUUCAAGCAGAUGCGCAGGAUUCAGGCGUUGACCGUGGCGCAGGAACGUCCUGGUUCAUGGGGGAUGGCAGCGUUCAGGCUGUCUCUCCACACAAUGGCUGGUUGGCCUCCAUGCUGUACAGUUUGAAUGGCGGGGGUGUGGGGGUGGGGGAGAACUAUUUACCUUCAACCCAUCUCCGUAGCUCUUUCUCUCUGGGGCAGGGAAGGGAACACACAGAAUCCCAAAGUGUCCAUAUUUAAUUUGAAAGCUGCCGGCUGUAGGUGUGAAAUGAAUAGAUAAAUUCUGUGGAUGUGUCCGGACCUCUUUUAUGUCUGUGCCGUAGAUCCAUGAUUGCUUCCCUUGGGUUUUAUUUUUUUAUUUAAGAUGCACAAAAUCCAUACAUUUUUAAAUUUCUGUUCAGACACGGUUUCCUCUUUUUAAACUCCAGUGUUGGUGUUUCCGGUGACAAAUGUAUAAAAAAAAUAUAUCUAUUUAUCGCUAUUGUAAGAAAAUUCUAUUUGUAAAUGCUUUUUAUGAUAUACAGGCUGGAAAAUAAAAUGAGACCUUCUGUGCA